UUGACAGGUAUAGCCAAGGCGUGUGAUUGGCUGUGGUUGUUGAUUGACAGGUAUAGCCAAGGCGUGUGAGCAGAACCUGAGGAGGACCUUCCAGUACGGAGGAAGGAUCGAACACCCCAACAGCAUGGAGCUGAAGGCCAUGCUGGCUGGGCGGAGCUCCAAGAGACAGUUGUUCCUCCUACCAGGCGGCAUCGAGAGACACCUCAAAAUCAAGACCUGCUCAGUGUCUCUGGAUGCUAUAGAGGAGCUAUGUAAUGACAUGGGACUGCACAGACUGGAGGCCAUGGAUGAGUACGCUGUAUUUGUGGUCACACACCGAGGUCAGAAUGUCCGUCCCCUCAAUAAGAGGGAGUACAUCCUGGACAUUACUACGGAGGCGGAGCCAGUGGACUGUAACUACAGCCUGUGGCUCAGGAGGGUCAUCUGGACACAGCCACUUAAAUUUGACAACGAGCUCUGUGUCACCAUGCAUUAUAACCAGGUGUUACCAGACUAUCUGAAGGCCUUGCUGAGUGUGGUUCCUCAGAGUAAAGCCAGUGAGCAGCAGCUGCAGCAGUUGGCCAAGCUGGCAGCAUUACAACACCGUGUUAAAGAUAUCGUCUUCCUGCCCACCAUUGGUGAGGUCCAGGAUUAUGUCCCCCCCCAGCUCUACAUCAGACAGCCUCCUCAGCCCUGGCUCAACAUGGUCACUCAGCAUAUGCAGCAGGUCUCUCCUCUGAGUCCUCACCAGGCCAGGGCUCAGUUCCUCGGUCUGGUCAGUGCGUUCCCCAUGUUUGGUUCCUCCUUCUUCUACAUCCAGUCCAGCAGCAACAUCUCCAUCCUAGCUCCCUGUGUGUUGGCUGUCAACCAGAACGGACUGCACUUCCUACACAAGGACUCACAUGGUCUGGAGUUGUGUCUGUGUUGA